CGGAGCGGCGGCGGUGGUCCCCUUCUGAUGGGAGGAUGGUUGUUCUCAGGCAGUUUGGGCUUCUGCUCUGGAAGAACUACAUCCUGCAGAAGCGGCAGAUCUUGGUGACGGUCGUCGAAAUCUGCCUGCCGCUGCUCUUCGCCGCCAUCCUGAUAGUGCUGCGGCACCGGGUGCACUCCAUCAGCCACCCCAACGCCACCAUCUACCCCCCCGAGCCCCUGGAUGACCUGCCAGCCUUCUUCCACCGCCGGCACGCCGGCAACCCCUGGGAGCUGGCGUACGUCCCGUCCAACAGCAGUGCCGUCAGGAGCGUGGCCAAGGCGGUGGAGAGAGCUUUACCCAUCAACAUCAGAGCUCAGGGCUUUGCCUCGGAGCGGGACUUUGAGGAGUACGUCAAGACGGACAACCGCUCGGGCAACGUGCUGGCCGCCGUCGUGUUCAAGCACCACUUCCAUCAGAGCUCGGCCCCGCUGCCCCUCCAGGUCGACUAUGAGCUGCGCUUCAAGUACAGCCCGAGGAACGCGCCGCGGAGCGAGCAGACGGGCCUGAACCCCAACCGGGACCGGGACUGGCACACCAGUUACCUCUUCCCACUCUUCCAGCUGCCCGGGCCCCGGGAAGCCAAGUUUGCCGACGGGGGGACGCCAGGCUAUAUCCGAGAAGGUUUCCUGGCGGUGCAGCACGCGGUGGACAGAGCCAUCAUGCAGUACCACGCCAACGCCAGCUCUGCCAGCCUGCUGGAGAACGUCACCGUGGUGGUCCAGCGCUUCCCCUACCCGGCGUACGUCAACGACCUCUUCCUCCUCGCCAUCCAGAACCAGCUGCCGCUGCUGCUCAUGCUCAGCUUCACCUACACCUCGCUCAACAUCGUCCGCGCCGUCGUGCACGAGAAGGAGAAGAAGCUGAAGGAAUACAUGCACAUGAUGGGCCUCAGCAACUGGUUGCACUGGAGCGCCUGGUUCCUCAUGUUCUUCCUCUUCCUCCUGGUGUCCGUGUUUUUUGUCACUGUGCUCUGCUGUGUCAAGGUGAGUGAACAGGGAGCGGUGCUCACCAACAGCGAUCCCACGCUGGUGUUCACCUUCCUCGCCAUCUUCUCCGUCUCCUCCAUCUCCUUCAACUUCAUGGUGAGCACCUUCUUCUCGAGAGGUGAGGCUGCCGCCGGCGGCUUCCUCUACUUUUUCUCCUACAUCCCGUACUUCUUCAUCUCGCCCCGCUACGACGUGAUGUCCCACAGCCAGAAGCUGGCCUCCUGCCUCAUCUCCAACGUGGCCAUGGCCAUGGGGGCACAGCUCAUAGGCAUGUUUGAAGGAAAAGGGACUGGCAUUCAGUGGAGGGACCUCAUGAAGCCCGUCAGCGUGGACGACAACUUUACCUUAGCCCAGGUGCUGGGGAUGCUGCUGCUGGACUCGGCGCUCUACGGCGUGGGGGCCUGGUACGUGGAGGCCGUCUUCCCCGGGGAGUACGGCGUGCCGCAGCCGUGGUACUUCUUCAUGACGCCCUCAUACUGGUGUGGGCGCCCCAGGACCGUGGUGGGGAAAGAGAAGGAGGAGGAGGAGGACCCCGAGAAAGCCCUGAAGAGCCAGUACAUUGAGGAGGAACCUGCCGACCUCGUGUCGGGAAUCAAAAUAAAGCACCUUUCCAAGGUCUUCAAAGUGGGAAACAAGAUGAAGGAGGCAGUCAAGGACCUAACGGUGAACAUGUACGAAGGGCAGAUCACCGUCCUGCUGGGCCACAACGGUGCUGGGAAGACCACCACUCUGUCCAUGCUGACGGGCCUGCACUCUCCGACGGGCGGGCCGGCGUACCUCAGCUCCGUCGGGGUCGGGCAGGAGUCAGUCCGUCUCCGUGCUUCCCCACACGCUUGCCCCUGCAGACAGGUUUAACCCUCCCUUCCUCUGGUCUGGCAGCUGAAGGGUUACCCACUCUCCAAGUGCCCCGAGGAGAUCAACCACAUCCUACGCAUCCUCAACCUGGAGGACAAGCGCCACUCCCUGACCAAGGCGCUCUCCGGCGGCAUGAAGCGCAAGCUCUCCAUUGGCAUCGCCCUCAUCGGGGACUCCAAGGUGGUGAUGCUGGAUGAGCCGACGUCGGGGAUGGACCCAGCCUCUCGCAGGGCCACCUGGGACCUCCUGCAGCAGCAGAGGAGCAACCGCACCAUCCUGCUGACCACCCACUUCAUGGACGAGGCUGACCUGCUGGGGGACCGCAUCGCCAUCAUGGCCAAGGGCGAGCUGCAGUGCUGCGGCUCCUCGCUCUUCCUCAAGCGCAAAUACGGGGCGGGAUAUCACAUGGUGAUGGUGAAGGAGCCCUACUGUAACCUGGGGGAGAUCUCCCGCCUCAUCUGCCAGUACGUGCCCAACGCCACCAUGGAGAGCAAUGCUGGGGCAGAGCUGUCCUUCAUCCUGCCCAAGGAGAGCACGCACAGGUUUGAGGCCCUGUUCACGGAGCUGGAGCAGAAGCGGGAGGAGCUGGGCAUCGCCAGCUACGGCGCCUCGGUCACCACCAUGGAGGAGGUCUUCCUGAGGGUUGGGAAGCUGGUGGACUCCAGCAUGGAUAUCCAGGCCAUCCAGCUGCCUGCUCUCCAAUACCAGCACGAGAGACGCUCCAACGACUGGGCCAUGGACGACUCCAGCAGCCUGAGUGGCAUGACAGAUAUGACGGAUGACAGCGGGGCGCUCAUUACGGAGGACUGCUCCAGCAUCAAGCUCAACACUGGGUUCUACCUGUGCUGCCAGCAGUUCUACGCCAUGUUCAUGAAGCGAGCCAUGUACAGCUGGCGCAACUGGAAGAUGGUGGCAGCGCAGUUCCUCGUGCCUCUGAUCUUCACUGCCUUUGCCCUCGUCGUGGCCAAGACCUUCCCAGGACCCAGGGACUCGUCCCUGCUGAGGCUGACGCUGGAGCCCUACGGCCAGACCAUCGUGCCUUUCUCCGUCUCGGCCACGUCGGGUCUGUCGCAGAGGUUGGCGGAGCAGUACGUGGAGCUGCUGGAUGCCCAGCGUCAGUCACCACUGGAGGUGCUGGGUGGCCUGGAGGAGUACCUCAUCUCAAGAGCUUCUGAUGAAGGAGGAGCCUUCAAUGAGCACUACAUCGCAGCCGCCUCCUUCGAAGGUGUCGGGAACCGCACGGUAGUCACCGGGCUCUUCAACAACCAGGCGUAUCACUCCCCCGCCACGGCCCUUAUGCUGGCCGACAACGCUGUCUUCAGGGUGCUGGCAGGUCCCAACGCCUCCAUCACAGUCACCAACUACCCUCAGCCCCGCAACAUCACCGAGAAGGCCAAAGACCAGCUCAUGGAAGGCCAGACCGGCUUCGCCAUUGCCAUCAACUUGCUGUACGGCAUGGCCUCGCUCGCCAGCACCUUCGCCCUGCUGCUGGUCAGCGAGCGGGCCAUCAAAGCCAAGCACGUCCAGUUCGUCAGCGGCGUCUACGUGGUCAACUUCUGGCUUUCUGCCCUGCUCUGGGACGUCAUCAACUUCCUCAUCCCUUGUGCUCUGAUGCUGGUGAUAUUCCAAGCCUUCGACGUGCGAGCCUUCACCCAAGACAGCCACCUCGUUGACGUGAUGCUGAUCUUCCUCCUUUAUGGCUGGGCCAUCAUCCCCCUCAUGUACCUCCUCAGUUUCUUCUUCUCAGUGGCGGCCACAGCCUACACACGUCUCACCAUCUUCAACGUCCUCUCAGGCACAGCCACCUUCCUCGCAGUCACCAUCAUGAGCAUCCCAGAGCUGGGCUUGGUGGACCUCUCCAAAACCCUGGAUAAAGUCUUUAUUUUCUUACCCAAUUACUGCUUGGGCCAAUGCAUCAGUGACUUCUACCAGAACUACGAGUUCAUUCAGUUUUGCACCUCCUCCGUUGAAGCCAUCUUCAUCUGCAAGGCGUUCAAUAUCAGUUACCAGAUGAACUACUUUUCCUGGGAGACGCCUGGGAUUGGACGAUACUUGACCUCCUUGACCGUCCAGGGUUUCUCCUUCCUCUUCCUCCUUUUCCUCAUUGAGACAAACCUCCUCUGGAGACUGAGAACUUUGGUCUGUCGCAUCUGCAGGCGGCGGAAAUGGGUGGCACUGCUGAACACCGUGUCUGUGCUGCCGGAGGAUCGGGACGUGGCAGAUGAGAGGAAGAAGGUUUUGGAGUCCCCACCAGAGCUGCUGUCGUCUCUCAGCAGCCCUCUGGUCAUCAAGGAGCUCACCAAGGUCUACGACAGCCGGGAGUCCCUGCUGGCGGUGGACAGGAUCUCCUUGGCGGUCAGCAAAGGGGAAUGCUUUGGUCUUCUUGGCUUCAACGGAGCGGGCAAAACCACCACCUUCAAGAUGCUGACUGGUGACGAGAGCAUCACGUCGGGAGACGCCUUUGUGGACGGUCACAGCAUUCUGGCCAACAUCAAGAAGGUCCAGCAGCGGAUCGGCUACUGCCCGCAGUUUGAUGCCCUCCUGGAGCACAUGACGGGCCGCGAGACCCUGAGCAUGUACGCCCGGCUGCGGGGCAUCCCCGAGCGCUACAUCGGCAGCUGCGUGGAGAACAUGCUGAGGGGGCUGCUCCUGGAGCCCCACGCCGACAAGCUCGUGAGGACCUACAGCGGCGGUAACAAGCGGAAGCUGAGCGCUGGCAUUGCCCUCAUCGGUGGUCCCCCCGUCAUCUUCCUGGACGAGCCCUCCACCGGCAUGGACCCCGUGGCCCGGCGUUUGCUCUGGGACGCGGUGACGCGGACGCGGGAGUGCGGCAAAUCCAUCAUCUUCACCUCCCACAGGUGAUGGGCUGGGCUCGGCACGAGAAAUCUGGGAGCACCAGAUGGGUGGUGGGGUCCAGGGGAUGGGACCCACCUCCGGAACCUGGUGGGUGGCGGUUGGCCCCCGCCGGGGGAGGGCAGGGGGGGUGGUGGUGGUCAGCUCCAGCGAGUUCCCUAACUCGGAGCCUCUCCUCGCGCGUCUCUCGCAGGCAGCGUCCUGAAACACGAGCACCAGGGCAUGGUGCAUUAUCACUUGACCAACAAGAACCUCAGCUGGGCACAGGUCUUCGGGGCCCUGGAGAAAGCCAAAGAGAAGUAUCGCUUGGAAGACUACUCGGUGAGCCAGAUCUCGCUGGAGCAGGUCUUCAUGAGCUUCACACGCUUCCAGCACUACACAGAGGACAGAGGGAAAUGA